AUGGCCGCCGACGCUGUUGGAAGCGAGUUCGUGUCCAAGGAUGCCGAGGUCCACCAAGCCAACACCAUGGUCAGCGCGAAGAACCUCCUCGGCGGCGGCUUCGCAGCCUCCUGCGCGGCGAUUACUCCUGCGGCAGUGUACGACGGAGGCUUCAGCAAUGCCGCCUCCAAGGUUGAGCUGCGCAUUGGAAACGGGGGCGCCGGACAGAGCGGUCUCAUCAAGGCCUUAUCAGACGCCUUCAUCAGAGACGCCGUCGCCAGCGGCUCCCCCCCGUUCAAGGUAGCCUGGUACACCAGCGACACCACCUACUCCAUCAAGUACCUCUCCACGGGCGACAUCGACGUCGGCAUCACCUACACGCCGUCUGCGGAAGACAUCGCCAUCCGCCAAGGCAUCGCCCUGUCCCCCAGCUACUACGUCUUCCGGGACCACUUCCUCCUCGUCGGGCCCAGGUCCAACCCCGCCAACCUCGUCGCCUCCGACGACAUCCACACCAUGUUCUCCAAGAUAUUCGACGUGGCCGAGAACAACAAGACGGAUCCGCCGGUGCGCUUCCUCAGCCGAUACGACAAGUCCGCGACAAACAUCAAGGAGAGUCUCCUGUGGGCCAGCAUCGGACAGGUCCCAUGGGCAACCGCCUACUCAACCUGGUACCACCAAUACAUCGCCUUCCCCAUGCAGGCCCUCACCGCGGCCAUCCUGCUGCAGGAAUACACAAUCACCGACCGCGGGACCAUCCUGUCCCUCGACGCCAGGCUUCGCAACCAAACAGUCGUCUACAAAGCCGGCACCGACGGCGCCGACGACCCCCUGCUGAAUCCCGCACACUUGCUGAUCGGCACCAGGGCGGCGAACCCAAACAUGGCCCAGGCCUUUGCCAGGUGGCUGGUCAGCAGCAAGGGGCAGGGCGUCGUGGGAAACUUCAAAAAGGGCGGUCAGACGCUGUACAGCGUUGCGCCCUCGUCCAACUCGACCGCCUAG